AUGGCGAACCAAUGGGGUCAAAAAGCUGAAGAGCUAGAAAUAUCCAAUAAAGUUGCUGGUCUAGGACUCAAUAAAAAAAUUGAAAAACCUGAGGAUGACAGUCCAGAUACAGCAAAUCCAGCAGAAGCUUCUCUACUCAUGAAAAUCAUAAGACAAGGACUUGUUGAAUCUAAACAGGAUAUUGAAAUUCAAAGAAAGGAUCCAAAUUCUCCUCUUUAUUCAGUAAAGACAUUUGAAGCAUUACACUUAAAACCAAACUUAUUAAAAGGUGUAUAUGCAAUGGGCUUCAACGCUCCAUCUAAAAUACAAGAAACUGCUUUGCCUACAUUACUAGCAGACCCUCCUCAAAAUAUGAUAGCACAGUCUCAAUCAGGAACAGGUAAAACUGCUGCUUUUGUAUUGGCCAUGUUAAGUAGAGUUGAUCCAACCAAAAACUAUCCCCAAGUACUUUGUCUAAGUCCAACCUACGAAUUAGCAAUACAAACUGGUGAAGUUGCUGCAAGGAUGGCCAAAUUCUGCCCUGAAAUUAAACUUAAAUAUGCUGUUCGAGGUGAGGAACUACCUAAAGGUACAAAAAUAAUAGAUCAUAUAUUAAUUGGAACUCCAGGAAAAAUGUUGGAUUGGGCUCUUAAAUUUGCAAUGUUUGACUUAACUAAGAUAAAAGUCUUUGUAUUGGAUGAAGCAGAUGUUAUGAUAGAUCGUCAAGGUCACAGAGACCAAUGUGUUCGCAUCCAUAAAUGUAUUCCUUCAACAUGUCAAAUGAUGUUCUUCUCUGCUACUUAUAAUAGCGCAGUUAUGGAAUUUGCUGAAAUUAUAGUUACCAACCCCAUUAUAAUAAGACUAUUAAGAGAAGAAGAAUCAUUAGACAAUAUUAAACAAUAUUUUGUUAAAUGCAAGAGCCCAGAGGAUAAAUAUAGGGCUAUAUGCAAUAUUUAUGGUGUUAUAACUAUUGGCCAAGCUAUUAUAUUUUGUCAUACAAGAAAAACAGCAAGCUGGCUCUCAGAAAAAAUGUCAAGAGAUGGACAUUCUGUAGCUGUGCUGUCAGGUGAGCUUACUGUUGAACAAAGAAUUGCAGUAUUGGACAGAUUCAGAGGUGGACUUGAAAAAGUGUUAAUUACUACAAAUGUAUUGUCUCGUGGAAUUGAUAUAGAGCAGGUUACUCUUGUUGUCAACUUUGAUAUGCCAAUGGAUCUGAACAGAAAGGCUGAUUGUGAAACUUACUUACACAGAAUUGGGCGCACUGGGAGAUUUGGAAAAGCUGGAAUAGCUAUUAACUUGAUUGAAUCUCCGCAGGACAUGGAAAUUUGUUUAGAUAUUGAAUCACAUUUUGGUAAAAAGAUUAAAUUAUUAGAUAUUGAAGAUGCAGAAGAAAUUGAAAAAAUUGGUGCAUAA